CAACAAGACAUCAUUCAACUCUCAAACAUGUCGGGCGGAGCCAUCAGGGAAUACCUGCUGUUCUCCCAGAUUCCUCAUGCCCGAAGGGAGCAAGUUUUGGGCAUUUUAGCGGGCAUCACCGGAAAUCAACCCACAGCCUUCACCCAGCAGGUCGUCAUAUAUGCACAAUUAACGGCUCCGGAUACGGCCGCUUCGAAGAAAACGAAGCCGACCGUGGCCCAGCCGCUGAGCUAUCAUAAACUUGUACGCGACUACGAUGUUCAAAAUGACAGUGCUGUGAACAUCCAACCUUGGGCAUUUAGAGCCGAAGCAGUCCCUGAGCCCGGCCUCACUGCCCACAUCUCGCGUUCGGUGAUGGAACAUUCUGCCACCGAGGUUGAUCUGGCGCGUCUGAAGUCUCCUGCCUAUAAGCUGAAACGUCAAUACCUUCAGUCCGGCUACUUCUUUGUCAAUAACAACGUGGUCAUCAGAGUGCUUCGACUCCACGGCAGCCUGCAGAGUGACUUGACCGAGGAUCCCACAGAUCUUCCACCACCGACUCCGUCACAUCACAAGCUGAUAGAUGCGAGCGGCUCAUGGAUGAUAGAGGCAUAUGUCAAAGUAGGAGAUCCUGCCAACGCUUCACUAUGUGAACAGGCCGUGAAGGAGUUAGCGGCCUUCCGAUCCACUACGGAGGGUUCACUGGACUUCAUAGUUCCCAAUCGCUUCUCGCUGGACACUCGUGUCAAGAAUGCUGCUGGGUAGGGACCUGCGAGCUCGAGACACGGAAAAGAUACGGUAGAGACAGAAGCACACUCCGCGCGGUCCCCACUGGAGGACGAUUCUGUCACCGAUCCCGAACAUAACGUGAUCGCAAGUGUCGAGUCUCCCGAACCAUCGACACACUCUGAUGCCAACAUGAGAGUGAUCCCUGCUGAGCAGCAAUAGGCAGUUGAUCUAGAGGAGGGGUCAACAAGGGAGCAAAGUGACCAGCUGAUUCCAUAGAUCAGCUCCAUUUGCAAGCCAACACGUCCUUCUUAUAAGAUUACGGCCGGAGCGAUAAACCACGACUCGUAGAGACCACAGCGCGAGGGUCGAAGGCGUUCCAGGCGGGCAUGCAGGACGUGGUGAUGCUUCAGAAGGCUAUUGGAAGAUCAGCAAGGUUGUCGAACACGCCAUGAAUGGAGAGACGUUGCGAAAAUGGAGGUGCAGGUGAACUCUGUCAUUUAGCAAGACAGUCAUACCCCCUUGCGACCUCGAAAUUUUUUCCAGAUCGCCUUCCACUUCUCGGCCAACUAUUCCACCAUUCCAGGCCGCGUGUAACUCAGUGGAAGUGCGUGACUAGAUAGACGAUGGAUCGGCAUGGCGGUCGGAUCAAAGGAUUGAUUAUUACCGUCUCGAUGUGAGUUCAUCAAGUUGCAGGCUGGCAUGGAGCAUUCAAACAUGCAGGUAUCUGGGGCUCGCGCUAUGGUAUUGGUACCGAUAUCGAGGGCUCGCACCUGAGCCAUUGACUGUCGCUGCACUUGGACCUUGCUUUCAUCGGGCUUCCAAAAUAGUGUACGAAGUCUUUCUGCACACAUUUAUACCUACCUUAUUCUGGGACAACCCUUGGCACAAGCUGGCAAUGACUCUGGCGUACUUUGCCCAUCGAGCGAAAGUCACCACACUUCCUUAUCGUAAAACAGUGUUGCACUCGAU